AUGAGAGAUUUGGAAAUGAAAAAAUUAUUUUAAAACUUGAAUGUUUAAAAUAAUACAGCUCAAUUUUAUGGUUAGUAGUAUGCUACUUUUCUUUAAAAAAUUUACAUUUCAUAAAUUUUUUCUGAUUCUAACUCUACUUUCUAAGAAUUACCUUAUAAAUUUUUAACAUAAAAUGAGCUCUCGCUUGAAGAAUAAGCUAUAUAUUCUGGCAAAUUGUAAAUCUAAAAUCUAAGAAGUGGAUCUUUGUUAUAAAUCCAACUCUUUGGAAUGGACUCAAGUUCUGAUUUUAUUAAAUUUUCACAAGAUUUUGUAAAAAAUGGAAAUAAUUCUAAUUAAAUCUAACAGGAGCUUCUUUAGUAUUACUUCAAAAUUGAAAAUAUAGAUAAAUCAUAAAUUCUUCUAAAUGGUGAAACAUUAAUCACUUCAGAUUAAUACAAUUCAACUAAUUACUAGUUUAUUUUUAAGGAAGUUUAGAUUACAUCAUAUCCUUAGAAAGAUACUUAGCUGUUAAUUAAUUAUCAAAUAAAUAACAAAUAAAGUCUUCCUAUCCUUGUUUAAAUUCAUUUCAGAAAUUGUUUAGUUGGAGAAACAGUAAAAGUUUUUAGCCCUAAUAUAAUUAGCUGUACUCUCUGUCCAUCUGGAUCAUACCUGCUAUCUGCUCCACAAAUAUCUUAGAAUAACUCAAACAAUUAAUAUGUCGAGGAAAAUUCUUAGUGUUAAAAAUGCCCUGAUUCAGCUGAGUAAUGUCAAGGAUCUGAAAUCAUAUUAAAAGAUGGAUAUUGGAGAAGCAAUAUUAAUUCUUCAGAAAUAAUCUUUUGUGAAAAUAACCCAGAUAAUUGCUAAUCAAAAGAUAAUAAAUCUAUAAAUGGGUGUAUUUUAGGUUCAAUAGGACCACUGUGCGAAGAGUGUGAUACGCAAGGAGUAGUAUGGAAAAAUAAACAAUUUACUCGCUCUUUCAAAGAAGAUUAUACCUGUGAAUAAUGCAAUACUAUGAAAUACCAAACUAUUUUUAUAAUAUCAUAUGCUUUUAUUUUAUUCUACCAGAGAUUAAUCAAGCUCGUAUCUGAAAAUUCUAAAUAAUUACUUGCAAAUAGUUUCUUAUCUUAUAUAUUUCAAAAUUUAGCUACUUCCAUAAUUCAUCUCUAACUGUAUUGA